AUCACCAUGACUAAUUUUCCCUCUUUUGUUGGGAUAUAAAAUGAGAAAUAACACAGCUGAAACUGGUUUUUCCUCUCUUCUAAUAAUUUUCAAAUCAAGUCUGCUCAAUCUUUUUUUUUAUCACUACUAAACAAUUCAUAAACAAAAAAAAAAUCAGAUCCAUUUUUUACUUUUCUUGAGCAUUUCUUUAGCAUUAAGAUUUGAUUUCAUUUUCAUACGUUAUUGAUUAGAUCUAUAUUUCUUUUCAUUUCCGAAGAAAUAUAGAUCUUAACCACAAAUGGAUAACAAUGAAGAUGUAGAAGGCGGCGGCGGCGGAAUUGAAGACGAGUUUCGCGCCAAGCUCGGCCGGAAGUACCGUCCGGUGGUGGCGAAUGAUCGCGCCGUUCUUGAAAUGUCGUCAAUCGAUCCUGGAUCUUCUUCUUCUCACAAGAAGGUGGGGUCUCAGGCGAACAUGCAUCCUAAUAGUGCAAGUCAAGUGGAGAUUCCUGCUAACGGGGGAGUGAAUGGAACGGACAGAGAACACAAGUUAGAAUUGUUUGGUUUUGAUUCUCUUGUGAAUAUUCUUGGUCUUAAAAGUAUGACAUCGGAGCAAGUGGUAGCACCUUCCAGUCCUAGGGAAGGCGAAGAUGUUUCUAGUGCUUAUGAGCCUCCUAGGGCUACUGAUUUUAAAUUGGGAACAUUGAUGGGUGUUUUCGUCCCAUGCUUGCAGAACAUACUGGGAAUUAUAUAUUACAUCCGAUUUACUUGGAUUGUUGGCAUGGCUGGCAUAGGAGAAUCAUUAUUGCUGGUGGCAUUUUGUGGUUUGUGUACUUUUCUGACGUCAAUUUCAUUGAGUGCUAUUGCAACAAAUGGUGCAAUGAAGGGUGGCGGACCAUAUUAUCUCAUUGGUCGUGCUCUUGGCCCUGAGGUUGGUGUUAGCAUUGGACUAUGUUUCUUCCUUGGAAAUGCGGUUGCGGGAUCUCUUUAUGUGUUGGGAGCUGUAGAAACCUUCUUAAAAGCUUUUCCUGCUGCUGGCAUGUUUAGAGAGACUAUCACUAAAGUAAAUAAUAGCACAGCAGCUGUGGGACCUAUAGAAAGUCCAAGUUCACACGACCUACAGGUUUAUGGGAUAGUUGUGACUCUCAUCUUAUGCUUCAUUGUAUUUGGCGGCGUGAAAAUGAUUAAUCGAGUGGCACCUGCUUUCCUCAUACCUGUUCUGUUCUCACUGUUAUGCAUAUAUAUUGGGAUGUUUCUGACAGGGAAGGAUGAUCCAACAACUGGAAUCACAGGGUUGAGCUUGAAAAGCUUUAAAGAUAACUGGAGCUCAGAUUACCAGUUUACUAAUGAUGCUGGUAUACCUGAUCCUGAAGGAAAAACUUAUUGGAAUUUCAAUGCCUUGGUUGGUCUAUUUUUCCCUGCCGUAACUGGAAUUAUGGCAGGUUCUAAUAGAUCAGCAUCCCUCAAAGAUACACAGCGUUCAAUUCCUGUUGGUACACUAACCGCAAGUCUUACAACUACAGCAAUGUACCUGAUUUCUGUGUUAUUUUUUGGAGCUCUUGCAACAAGAGACAAGCUUUUAACAGACAGGCUACUUACAGCUACUAUUGCGUGGCCUUUCCCUGCCAUUGUAUACAUUGGUAUUAUACUUUCGACCUUAGGAGCAGCUCUGCAAAGCCUGACAGGUGCUCCACGCCUGCUUGCCGCAAUAGCCAAUGAUGAUAUUCUGCCAGUUCUCAACUACUUCAAAGUUGGAGAUGGGCACGAGCCUUAUAUUGCUACCCUCUUUACAGCAUUUAUCUGUAUCGGGUGUGUCGUUAUUGGAAACCUGGAUCUGAUCACCCCAACUAUUACUAUGUUCUUCCUCCUAUGUUAUUCUGGUGUGAACUUGUCUUGCUUCCUUCUAGAUCUUCUAGAUGCUCCCAGUUGGCGGCCACGGUGGAAGUUUCACCACUGGAGUCUCUCUCUUCUCGGAGCAUCACUCUGCAUUGUUAUUAUGUUCUUGAUUUCUUGGUCAUUUACUGUUGUGUCUCUUGCUCUUGCGAGCCUCAUAUAUUAUUAUGUAAGCAUCAAAGGAAAGGCUGGUGACUGGGGCGAUGGUUUCAAGAGUGCAUAUUUUCAGUUAGCUCUCCGCAGCCUUCGGUCUCUUGGAGCUAGUCAAGUCCAUCCGAAGAACUGGUAUCCCAUCCCUCUCAUAUUCUGCCGGCCUUGGGGAAAGCUACCAGAAAAUGUACCUUGCCAUCCCAAACUUGCUGACUUUGCAAAUUGCAUGAAAAAGAAGGGCCGCGGGAUGUCUAUAUUUGUAUCUAUAUUAGAUGGAGAUUACCAUGAACAUGCUGAAGAUGCCAAGGUAGCCUGCAAGCAACUUGAUACCUACAUUGAGUACAAGAAUUGUGAAGGUGUAGCCGAGAUAGUCGUAGCCCCCAAUAUGGCUGAAGGGUUCCGUGGAAUUGUCCAAACUAUGGGUCUCGGUAACCUCAAACCCAAUAUUGUGGUGAUGCGGUAUCCUGAAAUAUGGCGUCGAGAAAAUCUAACUGAAAUUCCGGCCACUUUUGUUGGGAUAAUCAAUGAUUGUAUUGUCGCGAACAAAGCGGUUGUUAUUGUGAAGGGUCUUGACGAGUGGCCUAAUGAGUAUCAAAGGCAGUAUGGGACAAUUGAUUUAUACUGGAUUGUACGGGAUGGUGGUUUGAUGCUUCUUCUUUCCCAGCUGCUUCUUACAAAGGAAAGUUUCGAGAGUUGUAAGAUUCAGGUGUUCUGCAUUGCAGAGGAGGAUUCGGAUGCGGAGGAGCUUAAAGCCGACGUUAAGAAAUUUUUAUACGAUCUUCGGAUGCAGGCUGAAGUGAUCGUUAUAUCAAUGAAAUCAUGGGAUGCGAAAGCAGAGGGUGCUCAGCAAGACGAUUCGCUCGAAGCAUUCACCGCUGCUCAGCGGCGAAUUGCUAGUUAUCUAGCUGAGAUGAAGUCGAGAGCUGAAAAUGAAGGGACUGGUUUGAUGGCCGACGGGAAGCCUGUGGUAGUGAACGAGCAACAGAUUGAGAAAUUCCUAUACACAACCCUGAAAUUGAACUCAACAAUACUAAGAUACUCGAGAAUGGCAGCGGUUGUGCUUGUGAGUCUACCACCGCCUCCGGUCAACCAUCCGGGCUACUUUUACAUGGAAUACAUGGACCUUUUAGUAGAAAAUGUGCCGAGACUGUUGAUGGUAAGAGGGUAUCGUAGAGAUGUUGUAACUCUAUUCACAUAGUUGACAGUGGAUUUUGCUUUACCGUAAUAUUCCUCAUUGUUCAUAUGUUUUUCUUUCGCAAUUUUGUAGUUAUUAUGUUAAUUUCAUUCUUUUUUAUACCAUCAUUUUCGCUAAA